AUUUCAUUUGUAUGAUGAUGAAUUAAUUGUCACUAAUUUUAUUCAUCUCCAUUUUGGGAGUGAAUGGUUAUAUUUAGACUGAGAGAUGGUUUGAAGAAUAAUUGAUUGAUCAUUACGAUAGAACUAACAAAUAGACUUACAGAUAAAGAUAUUGGACAGUGGAGGAGUACUUCUAGCCAGAAGGAGGAGCAGUAUUAUUCUGGAUCUGUGGAGAAUACACAUGUAAUUUAAACUAUUUAUGAAACUCAAAGGUCCAGGAAUACGAAAGGAGAGACUCUUUCCAGUGGAAUUAGCGUAGACUCAUAAAGCAUUGAUUGUAGUGUUGGAGCAUAGAUUCUACGGUAAGAGUAUGCCAUUCGGAGAGGAUGCAUUGAAGAUUGAGAAUCUAAAGUAAUUGAAAUAUUAAUGAAAGAUAUCUAGGCAUAAGACAAGCAUUGGAUGAUUUGGCUUACUUUUAAUUGUAUAUUGUGUAAAAUAAGCUUUUUGGAGUCAAGUAAAGUCAUCCUUGGAUUGCAAUUGGAGGUUCAUACCCUGGUGCAAUGGCUGCCUGGUACAGAUAUCAAUAUCCACAUUUGGUGGUGGGUGCCUUGGCAUCAUCUGCAGUAGUAUAAAUUCUUACAGAUUUUCCUAAAUUUGAUACGUAGGUGUAUUUAAGUGCCUUGAAGUCGGGAUAGGAGUGUGCUGAUGAUUUAAAGGCUUUGAAUUAAUAUGCAGAAGACAACCUUGAUGUAGUGAGGGCGAGAUUGAAUGCACAAAAGUUGAAGGAUGACGAGUUUUUAUUUUAUUUUACAGAUGCAAUCAUUUUAAAAAUACAAUACGGUGGAAGAACUAGGUUGUGUAAUGAUCUGAAGGGGAAGACGAUUGAGGAAUAGAUGGAUUAUUUUAUCAACAGGGCUCUCGUUGAGGACAAUUUAGAAUCAUAUGGAUCGUUUUACUUGAAGGAUGACGUUUAUGAUGAACAGAAUCUGAGAUCGUCGAGACAGUGGAAAUAUCAAUGUUGUACAGAAGUUGGGUGGUGGUAAACUGCCCCUGAAUAGGAUUCGUUGAGGUCUGAUAGGUUGGAUAUAGAGUUUUAUAAAUAAUAUUGUAAAGAUAUUUUCGGAGAGGAUUUGAAGUUAUGGCCAGAUGAGGAUGUAGGGAAUGCUUAUUUCGGAGGGUUUGAUUUGCAGGUUGAUAACAUCAUCUUCACCAAUGGGGAUGAGGAUCCAUGGAAAUGGGUGAGUAUCAUUGAGGAGCAAGGCAAUUUCGAUGUCUAUCACAUCAAUUGUACUAAUGCUGGACACUGUGUGGAAUUGUAUACGCCUACUGAUCAAGAUUGCGAUCAAUUGAAAUAGGCUAGGAUUGAAAUCUCCUAAAUAUUUGGAAAUUGGAUUAGAGAUCACUAUUCAAAAUAAGAAUUAUGAAUAUUUAUAUCAAUC